GUCAGGAGAGAGCAACAUGGCGGCCCGCGAUAGUGACAGCGAUGACGAUCUGGUCACCUAUGGGACCGGCCUUGAACCCCUGGAAGAAGGUGAAAGACCAAAGAAACCACUUCCCAUUCAAGAUCAAACAGUUAGAGAUGAAAAAGGAAGAUACAAACGAUUUCAUGGAGCCUUUAGUGGAGGUUUCUCUGCUGGAUACUUCAAUACUGUUGGCUCAAAAGAGGGAUGGACACCCUCUACCUUUAUAUCUUCAAGACAAAACAGAGCAGAUAAAGCUGUUCUUGGUCCAGAAGAUUUUAUGGACGAAGAGGAUCUUAGUGAAUUUGGGAUUGCACCUAAGGCUAUUGUUACCACAGAUGAUUUUGCUUCUAAAACCAAAGAUAGAAUUAGAGAAAAAGCCAGGCAGUUGGCUGCUGUUGCAGCACCUAUUCCUGGAGCAACUAUACUAGAUGACCUAAUAGCACCAGCAAAAUUAUCCAUCGGUUUUGAAUUGUUACGAAAAAUGGGUUGGCGAGAAGGACAAGGAAUUGGUCCUCGAGUAAAGAGAAAACCACGUAGGCAAAAAUCUGUUCCUGGAGUAAAAAUAUAUGGUUGCGCUUUACCCCCUACUGGUUCUGAAGGAUCAGAGGAUGAUUAUGAUGAUGACUACCUGCCAGAUAAUGUGACCUUUGCACCUAAAGACAUAACUCCAGUGGAUUUUACUCCUAAAGACAACGUUCAUGGACUUGCCUAUAAAGGUCUAGAUCCACAGAAAGCAUUAUUUGGAAUUUCAGAGGAGCACUUUAAUCUUUUCAGUGAUGUAGCUGAGGGAACCAGCAAUCUUCUUGGAAGCAUUAGACCAAAUAAAGGAAGAAAACUUGGAAUUUCAGGACAGGCUUUUGGUGUAGGCGCUUUGGAAGAAGAAGAUGAUGAUAUCUAUGCAACAGAAGCAUUAUCUAAAUAUGAUACCGUUUUGAAGGAUGAGGAACCUGGGGAUGGACUCUAUGGUUGGACAGCACCUAAGCAGUAUAAAAACAGGAAAGAAUCAGAAAAAGAUAUCCGUUAUGUUGGCAAAAUUUUGGAUGGUUUUUCCUUGGCAUCUAAACCUUUAUCUUCUAAGGAAAUUUAUCCACCACCUGAAUUGCCAAAGGAUUACAGACCAAUCCAUUAUUUCAGACCUGUGGUAAUUGCAACCUCUGAUAAUUCUCAUUUAUGUCAAGCACUAUCAGAAUCAACUGGGAAAAUAUUAAGUGACAUGUCAAGACAAAACAGGUAUCAAUUAAAUGCAUCUAAGAGGGGAGAAAUGCUUGGAGAAACUCCUAUUCAAGGUUCAACAACAUCUAUUUUAGAGUUUUUAUCCCAGAAAGAUAAAGAAAGAAUAAAUGAAAUGAAACGGGCAACUGAAAUCAAAGCAGCUGAAAUAAAGGCGAAGGCUUUAAUAUCCAAAGCUUGGAGUAACAGAUUUCAGCCAGAUUCUCCAGAUGAUGCUCUAUAUACACAGCAGUUGGUAUUGAGUGGGAAUGUAACUGCAGGAAGAUCCAGUGAUUUCAGACCUUUUGCAAAAGAUCCAGAAAAACAAAAACGAUAUGAGAAAUACUUAGGCAAUAUUAAACAAGGGCAGAAAGAUGCUGUGGAGAGUUGUUUAGAUCCUAGGAUGACCGAAUGGGAACGAGGACGAGAACGUGAUGAAUUUGUGCGAGCAGCUAUGCUGUACAAACCCUCCAGUUCAUCACUGUCUUCCAGAUUUACUCAUGCCAAACUGGAAGAUGACACAGACCAAGUAGAAGUUCCUCGAGACCAAGAGAAUGAUGUUGAUGAUAAACUAUCUGCUGUAAAGAUGAAGAUGUUUGGAAAGCUCACAAGAGAUAAAUUUGAGUGGCAUCCUGAAAAACUGCUUUGUAAAAGAUUUAACAUUCCUGAUCCUUACCCAGAUUCAACUAUAAUUGGAUUACCAAAAGUUAAACGUGAUAAAUAUUCAGUAUUUAACUUUUUAACAGUAACUGAGUCCACAACAUUAACUACAACUCAAGUAUCAAAUGAAAGGGCACAACAGAAUCACAGUCGCAACAAACCAAGAAAGCCAUCCAGAUGGGAUAUACCUGAUCAAGAAGAGAAGAAAGAAGAUUCUAUUAGUGAAUUUCUAAGUAUGGCUAGAUCAGAAGCUGAAAUUCAGAAGCAACAGCUGAGGCCAUUGGUAAAUAAUGCUGAAGGUGGUACAAUGGAAUCAUCUUCAACUAAGGUAGAAAGUGAAAGAGCAGAUCAGAAGGAUGAAGAAGGUAGCAGACCGUCCAUGGAUUUAUUUAAAGCUAUCUUUGCCAGUUCUUCUGAUGAAAAAUCCUCUUCCUCUGAAGAAGAUGAAAGUGAAAAUGAAGACAGUCAAGCUGAUCCUGGAAGAUCAGAUCCUAAAAGUCCAAAGCUGAGUAAUUUGGUAGAAACAUCAUCUAAUAUACAAGUCAGUGCAAUGGUGGUCAAUGAGCCAGUGCCUCCUGUUACUUUACAGAAGAUGCAGCUUGAUGAAAGAGAAGAAUUUGGCCCAAGGCUCCCUCCUGUAUUCUGUCCUAAUGCCCGUCAUAAACAAGAACCUGUGCAACAGUCCAGUUUUUUGGAAAGCCACUCAAAAGAGAAAUCUAAGAAGAACAAAGAAAAACGAAAGACAAAGAAAGACCACAAGCACAAAAAAGAAAAGAAAAAGAAACACAAGAAACAUAAACAGAAAGGCAAACAGAAAAACAAAAAAGCAGAGAAGAGUAGUAGUUCAGAGAGUGUUGAUAGCAGUGACAGCCAGAGUGAUACUGAGAAGGUCAAAGAUAUAUCACCUCAGGAACUUUUGAGAAGGUAUGUCAUUCUUUUGUGUUCUACAGAUAUAGAAAUGAAUCCAACAGGAAGAAUGCAUUCAAGGCAUUGAAAUGUAAGUGAAAAGAUCCGAGUUCUGGUUUUGGUGCCAAGCCAAGAAUAAUAACUGUAACCUUUCUUUAUAAACUAUUUUCAUUUUUUCAGAUCUGUUUCUCCAUCUGCAGAAAAAAAGGAUUGAAAGAAAUGAUCUUGCUAUUUUAAAACUUUAUAAGAUUUCUUGCAUACAGCCCCUUUUUUUUUCUAUUUAUGCAGUGUACUACCUUCGUUUGGAUCCUCAUUAUUUCUUACCUAGAUUAUUUCAAGCCUCCUAAUUGUUCUCUCUGGAUCUAAUGGGAAGUUUCUUCCCAUUCUGAUCCACCCUACUCAUUGUGUACAAAGUAAUUUUACUUAAGUAUUAAGAUUUGACCAUGCUACUUUCCUAUUCAGUCAAUUCCAGAGGCUUCCAGUUACUUCUAAAAUAAAAUAUAUACUCUCAUAUUUGACUUUUUUUUUUUUUUUUUGCUGAGGCAUUUGGGGUAAGUGACUUGCCCAGGGUUAGAAAGUGUUAAGUGUCUGAGGCCAGAUUUGAACUCAGGUUUUCCUGACUUCAGGGCUGGUGUUCUAUCCACUUCAUAUUUGACUUUUAAUUUCUUUUACAAUCUAGCCUCUACCCCCUUCCAUAUUCUGUAAUACAGCCCAUUUGGCCUUUUUUCUAAUCCUUAUACAUCCCAUUCCCUGUCUGCUGUGCCUUUGUUCUGGCCAUACUCGAUGCUGAAAUGCCCUCUUUAAUUCCCUCUACUUUAGAAGCUCAAGUACUAUUUUUUACGUGAAGCCUUUCCUCAUCCUCCGAACUACUUCCUUUGUAUUUAACUAUUUUGUAUAUAUUUGUAUUCAUCAGCUUUAUACUGUAUAUAUUUUUACAUGCUGUCUCCCCCAUUAGAAUGUAAACUUUUUGUGAGUAGGGGAUGCUUUAUUCUUUGUAUUUAUAUCCUUAGCAUCUAGUACAUAAAAAGCCAUUAAUAAAUGUUGAUUGAUUCGUUGAUAUGCAAAGAAUUGUGAUGGAGCUGGGAAUAAAGGGCAAAAAUAAAAUAAUACUUUCAAGAAGCUUACAUUCUACAACCAUGAACUGUUAGAUAAGAGUCAUAGUGAGAGCCUCAUUUCUGAAAGUAAUGAUUCAGUGAUCUAGAGAUGACGAAGUUUUGUUUUAAGUUCUCAUCGACUGACCAAAUAUAUUCUUUUGAAUUGAAAAGAUUAUAUUCUAACAGUCUUAGUGUUGAUAUUGUAGAGAAACAAUAAAGAUGAAUGUUGGAGAAUCCUAUAAAAUAUGUUUUAAAAACAUAUUGAUAUAUGAUUUUUUUUUUUUACAGGCUGAAACGUCUUCCAAUAAUAAAGUAACCUAUUCCAUUUUGAA